AAUUUGCUUCCAGUACGAGACGGUCCCGCCCGUCAUGUUCUUGUGGACUUGGGUAUCUUGGAAUCAAGAAAAUGAAAAAUAGCCCCAAAAAAUUCUCCGGUUUUGAGGGAUUGUUUGGGAUUAAUCUCAAAAUACAGGGGAACCCCAAAAAAGGGAAUUUAUAUAUAUUUCAUUGAAGAGGAUCUACAUCUUCGGCUCAAAUUCAUAGAAUCCUAGAAAAAAUCCUUAUCUGUAUACUCCGAAUUUUUACUGUAUUUUCUCGUCAUUUAUUUACAGCGAUCAAUGUUCUAGGUUUCUGCCUCUACGCAAUAUAAGAAUCAAAUUUCUUGGUUAAUUACUUAUAUUAUUAGGUAUUGGGUGCUUGUAAUGAUCUUAAUUUUUGUUUUGUCAUAUUGAUUUUGUUUAAUGAUUGUUGAAGUAAUCUGAGCUCGAUGGUCUUAAUUGCGAUACAUUGAAAAUCUUAUGAUCUUGCUAAUGAGCAGCAUCUGGGUGGUUUCCUUCUUUCUUUCUUUCUUUUUUUUUUUUUGAAAUAUCACUAUUAAUCCCGUUGGCAAUUCAUCUAAAUUAUAUAUUUUUGAAUCUUGAUUAAUUUGUUGAUUUUUUUUUUUUUUGACAAUUAAAAUGCUGAUUUAUGAUUGAUUUUUCAGUUUUAUCUGAGUUUCCAUGUGUUCUGUUAAUUAUUUUCUGCUAAUUGUCCUGGUUUAUAUACAUUUAUUUUUGUGAGUUGGGCUUUCAGUUUUCCAAAACACUGACUUUUAGAGCAUAAUUGGCUACGCUUGAGAAGUUACUUUCAUAACAUAUAUUUUUUUGUUAGCCAAACAUGCUCUCGUUAAUUGUUUCCUGCUAGUUCUCCUGGUUUAUGUGCAUUUGUUUUCGCAAGUCGGAGUUUUGAUUUUCUAGAACAUGGGUUUUAGAGCAUGUUUGGCUAAGCUUAAAAAGUUUACUUUCAAAAUAAGUGAAAUUUUGUAAUUAAAAGUAGAAAAAAGUAGCUUCCCAAACGUGUUUGGAAACAAGAAGUUAAAUAAGAAUAUAUUUUAACUUAUUUCUACGCUUAGCCAAGCAUUUGCCUAAGACUUGGAAUCUUGUAGUGUAGAAUGGCGAAACUCGCUACUGUUAAUAUUGUUUUCAUUGUGUUAGGUGGAGGGAAGAGAGAGUUUCGGAGUAGAUGGAGUGCAAUAGAGACGAGGCCGCAAGAGCAAAAGAAAUUGCUGAGAGGAAGUUUCUGGCUAAGGAUAUUAAGGGAGCUAAAAAUUUUGCUCUCAAGGCUCAGAACUUAUAUCCUGAGCUAGAGGAUAUUUCCCGAAUGGUUACAACCCUUGAUGUUUAUAUUUCUGCGGAGGAGAAAAUAAAUGGUGAAGGGAAUUGGUAUGGGAUUCUUGGUGUGAACCCUCAAGCUGAUGAUGAGAAAAUACGGAGAAAGUAUAGGAAACUGGCUCUUCUGCUUCAUCCUGAUAAGAACAACUCUCUCGGGGCUGAAGGAGCAUUUAAACUUGUGUCGGAAGCCUGGAGUUUGCUCUCGGAUAAAUACAAGAGAUUAGCGUAUGACCAGAGGUCCGGUGCGAAAUUCCAGCCGGGAAAUUGGGCGAAAAAUGGGUGUACAUCGACACCAUCCAAGCAGAAUGGAUUUUACAAAUUUGUGAGAACUUCAGCUUCACGAAUGAGGGUUUCAAAAGGUAAUUAUGUGAAGAAGGAUGCCUCCUCGUCUGUUCAUUCUCCACCUCAUAAGAAUGAAACCAAGCAACCAUCAUUUGGGGUCAAUAUUAAGAACUCGUCCAAUCACAGCAAUUCCCGGUGGACUCCUUUCUCUGAGACAACUAGUGCAUCUUCAGCUGUUCAAGCAGCACAUAUGGUUCAGCUGGCCUAUGGAAGAGUAAGAAAAGAACGUCAGAAAGCACAGGCUGCCACGAGAAGAGAAGAGGCGAGGAGAAGGAAAAAUCACUCCUCCAAAACAAGAAUUGAAGUUGAAUCUGGACACUCCAAUGCAGUGAAGGGAAGAAAAGGAGUCGAAUAUUGUUGUGCAAGCAAGUACAAAACGGAUCCAGUGAAUGGAGAAGGCGUGAGAGAAAGUACCUAAGAAAUUCAAUGAAGGAACUCAGCUACUGUGGUGAAAACUGCAGAUAGAAGAGAAGCUAAAAUAUAUACAAAACAAAAAAAGGAGUAAAAUAAAAUAAAAUAAAAGACGGUUCCAGCCGUGUUCUCAUGAUUUUGAGAAAGAUCAAAUGGUAAAUGGUUUCAGUUAUUAGGUGUGACUGCCUAUGAUGAUGAUGAUGAUGAUGAUGAAAUGCCUCCACAUUAUGUCAAAUGAUUUGUCCAAUCUCUUCAAGGGUCGGAUCAUCUGGCUUAAUUCAAAAGUCGACUGUUUCUUGAGCCGACUAAAAUGGCAUUGUUCUAUAAUUUCACAAACAUGCUAGUAUGUUAGAAUAGGUGGGAAGGAAAUGUUCACUUACUCUACACUCUCAUAAGACGUGAAGCCAUUCAUUAUUUCCUUGGAAGGGAGACGACUGGGCAUUGUACCAGAACUGGUCCCGUGAAUGGAAUGAACUCAGAGUCUCUGAAGAAAUGCACAAAUAUGAAAUAAUACAAGUAUUUGAAGAAUAUAAUGAGGGAUAUCCAAAUUGGGGGGGUGAUUGUCAGUCCAUUCUUUAAGGUUGCUGGCUUCAGAAUGGGUUUUCACCAGCAUUUGAAUCCGAAGGAAACAAAGAAUGGCCAGGCCGAAAAACACUUGGUUUCUCACAGGUCUUUCCCAUUUGCUCAUAGAACAAAUUAAGACCGUCUUGAUUUAUUUCAGCACGUAAAACGUAUGAGAUAGAAGGUUUAGAUUUAUUAUUUAUCCAGAUUUUCAUACAGUUGGCUGCAGUUAUUUUUAUACGAAUACUGAAUCAAGUUUGAAGAAUUUAGUCAUAAAGUGGUUUCAUUGUUUGUGGCA